AAGAAGGGACCCUUUACCCCACAUUCCCACUGUUGUUCCCUUGUUCAAUUUCAAAGUUUAAUCGUCAACCCUUUCACAUUUGACACUUGCCAUGCUCUCUGCAUUUUUUACAACCUGAGAAAGGAAAACCAAACCAAUCCCUCAGAGACAAAAGUUAAACUUAGUAAGCAGAAGCAAGAGAGUGAUGGGUUCCCAGAACUUUCUCCAAGUUGUUGCCAAGAACUUUGAUGUUCUUGCUUUGCCUCUGGUCACUCUUGUUUACCCUCUAUAUGCUUCAAUUAAGGCUAUCGAGACGAGAUCCAGCAACGAUGAUCAGCAAUGGCUGACAUAUUGGGUCCUCUACUCUAUGAUUACACUCUUCGAACUUACAUUUGCCAAAGUCCUUGAAUGGUUCCCUAUCUGGCCUUAUGCUAAGCUAAUCGUGACAUGCUGGUUGGUCUUACCUCACUUCAACGGAGCAGCAUAUGUUUAUCGUCACUUCAUUCGACCAUUUUACAUGAACCCUCAAAGUGCCAGUACAAUCUGGUAUGUCCCGCGCAAGAAAAACAUCUUCAGCAAGCAAGACGACAUCCUUGCUGCUGCUGAGAAGUACAUCCAAGAGCACGGGACUGAAGAAUUCGCAAGGCUUGUAACUAAGGCUGAAAGGGAAGAAAGACACAAGCGCAGCAACAAUUACAUGAUCUUUGAUGAUGAUUAUAUAUAUUGAAUAUCCUUCUUUUAAAAAAUUUCAGCUGAUUAUCUAUGUAAAAUGUCAAUCAUAUUUGUGACAUGGGCAUGAAAUAUAUAAGGAUUCUUCUUCUGCUUA